AUGUGUUAUUAUUGGGGGGUUUGGAACAGUAAAAAGAAGAAGAAGAAAAAAGAGAAAGAGGAAGGCGAUCGGAGAAAGGAGAGAGAGAGAGCGCGGCAACCGUGCCAGACCAUGGAAGAACUUACAGCGUUUGUCUCCAAGUCUUUUGAUCAGAAAGUGAAGGAGAAGAAGGAGGCGAUCACGUACAGAGAGGUCCUGGAGAGCGGACCCGUCCGGAGCAGCAAAGAGCCGGGAGGAGGCAACGAAUCGAGCCGGGAGGACGGCUGCAGCCCCGCAGUGAGAGCUGCGGGAGGAGGCGGCGGCGGCGGAGUAGGAGGAGGUGGAGGAGGAGGAGGUGGAGGAGGAGGAGGUGGAGGAGGAGGUGGAGGAGGAGGAGGAGGAGGAGGAGGAGGGCGGUCUCCCGUUCGGGAACUGGACAUGGGCGCCGCUGAGAGAACCAGAGACUCGGGCAGUCCCAAACUCGCAGAGGUCUCCUCCGAGCUGAAGGACCGUAAGGAGGAUGCAAAAGUGAUGGAGGACGAAGGACAGACCAAAAUCAAGCAGAGGCGAAGUCGGACCAAUUUCACCUUGGAGCAGCUGAACGAGCUGGAAAGACUCUUCGAUGAAACUCACUACCCGGACGCCUUCAUGAGGGAAGAGCUGAGCCAGAGGCUGGGGCUCUCCGAGGCCCGAGUACAGGUUUGGUUUCAAAAUCGAAGAGCUAAAUGUAGAAAACAAGAAAAUCAACUACAUAAAGGCGUGCUAAUAGGAGCAGCAAGCCAGUUUGAAGCUUGUAGAGUCGCACCAUAUGUCAACGUAGGUGCACUGAGGAUGCCAUUUCAGCAGGAUAGUCAUUGCAACGUGACGCCCUUGUCCUUUCAGGUUCAGGCUCAGCUGCAGCUGGACAGCGCCGUGGCAGCGCACGCGCACCACCACCUCCACCCGCACCUGGCGGCCCACGCCCCUUAUAUGAUGUUUCCCGCGCCGCCCUUUGGCCUCCCGCUGGCCACGUUGGCCGCCGAGUCAGCCUCGGCCGCUUCUGUGGUGGCGGCCGCCGCAGCGGCCAAGACCACCAGCAAGAACUCCAGCAUCGCAGACCUCAGACUAAAAGCCAAAAAGCACGCGGCGGCCCUGGGGCUGUGA